AUGAGGGUAAUCAUUGUUGCCUGGGGACGUGAAUUUGCCAUGGAAGUUGGUUUCCAGGAACCUGUGUUAGCAAUCAAAAGGAAGUUAGAGCAGCUCCUAGGAAUUCCAGUUGGAGCACAAACUCUUUCUGUAUCUGGUUGGGAGCUAGUUGAUGGACUAGACAUGGAAGAUUACCCAAUUGUUACUCAUGAUACAAAAAUCGACCUCACCCCAAAACCCCUUUCACCUCCAUUUAACCAUUGCUCAAAAAUACAAAUCACUGUAAAAUUUUCAGCUAAACAGAUUGCCAUGGAAGUUGACAGAACAGAAACCGUGCGAAGCCUGAAAGAAAAAAUUCACAUUGUUGAUGGCACACCAAUUAAAAGGAUGUCACUCUUCUUUUCAGGAAUAGAAUUGGCAGACGAUUUUCUAAACCUGAGUGAGUAUGGUAUAUCCGAAUUCUCAGAAAUCAUUGUUUUCCUCAAAACUGUGAAUCGUUUAAGGGAAGAGCCUCCAACAAGGAAGCUGAACAUAGUGCUGCAAAUGUCUUCAAGCCUGCUAAAUGCAGCUUCCAUUCCCAUGGAAAUGAACGACUCAAAUACUGUUAAUGAUUUGCGAGAGUUGCUGCUGAGCAGAAAAAUACUCCCCCAAGAUGAUUAUUUGUUCAUACACAAGCAGAGGAUCAUGCGUGAGAAUUGUAGCCUUAAGUGGCAUGGUGUUGAAAAUGGGGAUUGCUUCUAUGUGUUUAAAGGCACUGUUAGUCGUACUGGAUAUUGA